AUGAAUCCAGAAAAAUUAAAGCAGCUUCAAGCUAAGGCUGAUGUUGUUCGUAUUGGAGGCAAGGGCUCAGCCAGAAGAAAGAAGAAGGUUAUCCACCGCACAGCCACCACAGAUGACAAGAAAAUUCAGUUCUCAUUAAAGAAAUUAUCUGUCAAUAGUAUUCCAGGAAUUGAGGAGGUAAAUAUGAUCAAAGAGGAUGGUCAGGUGAUUCAUUUCAAUAAUCCAAAGGUCCAAGCUUCCCUGGCUGCAAACACAUUUGCAAUUACAGGCCAUGCUGAAAACAAACAAAUCACAGAGAUGUUGCCAGGCAUCCUGAACCAGUUGGGCACUGAGAGCUUGAGUAGUUUAAAGAAACUGGCAUCAACUGUUGCUGGAGUAGCAGAUAUCAACAAACAGUCAACGGCAGAAGUCGAUGAUGAUGACGAUGUGCCAGAGCUUGUUGAGAAUUUUGAUGAGGCGUCCAAAGAUGAGGAUGUCUAG